AUGUCUUUCAGUCCUCGGGUUCUACGAGAGUUCUACACAUCACUACCAAAAACCAUGAGAGACGAGCUUCGGGAAUUGGCAAAGGCGGGCGACUUCUCGUUUGUAGAUGUCAUCAAGUCGCAACUUAGGCCUGGCAACAAUCUAUCCAAUCAAAGUCCCGGACAAAGAACUUUGGAAGAUUCAACAUACUGUCCCUACCGUAAUGCCUUACACAUUGCACGAUUCUCCUACUUUGCAGCACUAUUCACAAACUUUAGUUCGCUCGGCUUCGACUUUUCAUUAUUCCUCGACGAGACAAGCGUGUCUCCCUUUGUCGGCCGCUCUGAUCUUGAUGAUACCAGCGUCCCCUCUAGCCUUCGACCACUAGAAUCACAGCGUUCUGUUUCUCAUCACCCUUAA